ACGCAUUUUCGGGCAGGGCACAUCCGAUUUUUAUUUCCAAACAUUGAGAAAGGAACCCCGGUGAGUUAGGGCGGAGGCAGCGCAUCCUUCCCGGGAAGCCAGUGCGGCUGCACCGGCGCAGGGACAGAGGCUUCGGACGCCUGGGCCCAACAACCUCUUCCCUCCUGGCGUCCGGUUGCCGGGCCUGCCGUCUCAUUUGCCAUCUUUCGACGCGUGACCCCGGCGCGCUCGCGUCCCGGGCCGGUGACAGGCGCGGGGUGCGCCCAGCGGUCCCAUGUGCCUCCUCUCUCUCGCGGCCGCUACAGUCGCCGCGCGCCGAACCCCGCUCCGGCUUCUCGGCAGAGGGCUUGCCGCCGCCAUGUCUACCGCCGGCCCGCUGAAAUCCGUGGACUACGAAGUGUUCGGGAGAGUGCAGGGUGUUUGCUUCAGAAUGUAUACAGAGGGUGAAGCUAAGAAAAUAGGAGUGGUUGGCUGGGUGAAGAAUACCAGCAAAGGCACUGUGACAGGCCAAGUUCAAGGCCCUGAAGACAAAGUCAAUUCUAUGAAAUCCUGGCUGAGCAAGGUUGGGAGUCCUAGUUCUCGCAUUGACCGCACAAACUUUUCUAAUGAAAAAACCAUCUCCAAGCUUGAAUACUCCAACUUUAGUAUUCGAUAUUAAUGGAAGAGAAAUACUAAUUAUAAUGCUUAUAUUGUAAAAUAGACAUCAUAUGUUCUUAAGUCUACACCAUAGAAUAAUAGUAGCAGAGUAGGGUUGAAAAAAAAAAGAAUGUUCAUUUCUGAAAUGCAUAAAAUUAUACAUGUUACUCAAAAUGUCUGACACAAGUGAUUUUACUCAAUUAUGUUUUAGUAAGCAAAACUAAUUUUCUCAUAUUUAAAAUGUCAUAACAAAAUAAGUUUGUCUUGUUGAAUCUUUAAUUUUGAUGAAUAUUAUAUAUGUUAUUUGGCUAGACAUAAAAUAAUCAUUUAAAAAUUCUUUAAAUAUUUUAUCUGUAGUGAAUUUAAAAACUGAAUAAUAAUGUUAUUAAAGUUGAGUAAUUUGUUAUUAAAGUCUUUAAAAAGACCAGUGAUUAGAUAGAAAUGUAUAUGAUGAUCAAUAUAACCAUAAACUAAUACAAAUAAAGAGUUCAUAUUUUAAAUUCUGUUUAAUGUGAACAUGAUUCAGUACUUAGGCUGGAACUACUUGAUGUCACCUAUGUUCUGCACAGUGACUAUUCAGGCUGAGUGAUGGCAGUUGAUAACAACUCAUGUAUGGGAAGCAGCAAGAUUUUUUAUCAACAUCACCCAAUGAGUGUCCUAUUAAUCAGAACUGAGAGUCUAAAUAAGCAUAUAAUACUAGCCCCCAAACUUGGUCUAUAAUUUGGGAAUUUUGGAAUGUAAAUAAUAAUGAAGCAACAGUAUUUUAAGGGGUAGGUUCAUUUUUAUACCAUAGAAUUUAAUAGUGGAAAAAGACGACCUUCAACCAAAAAAAAAAAAAAAAAAACACUAGAAUUUCAAAUGUCAUAUAUUUUGUAUUUGCAGAGACUCCUUUAUAGCAAUAGGACCCUUCCUUAUAAUAGAAUUCUGUAGAACUGUAUAUAUAAAAUUUUUAAAAAAAGAAUCACAACUAUUUUGGGGGUCCCUGGAGCCCUGCAUACUUAAUCUUUUUCUUCUCCCUUGGACAGUUUCAAAUCUCUUGGGGGCACUGGUUCGAAAUUCCCAUUCUAUCUAUGGAACAAAUCUCCACUGCUACACUCCGUGACAUUGAGAAAGAAUCCCGGCCUCUCUUUUCUACCUGCUGAAAGAUAAGGAUUGAGAGGACAUGAAGGGUGGGCCUUGUUGGUUCAUUUGAAAGGUUAACUCUAUGGAUGAUCAUAAUGUAAACACAUGUAUGUAAGACAACACAUUAGGGAAUGACUUUCUAAAUAUACUUAAAGAGUACCUCUUCUGUAAAUGGACUUUAAUACCAUCAUCAUAACAUGGGUUUUGCUCUCUUUCUGUUUGCUCACUGGUUCAAGGAAGGUAGACAAGUUUCUUACCUUAAGCAGUUUGGGGGCCAGAUCCAGAAGACAACUUUUUUCCCAAGGUUUCAUUUUAAAGACAGCAUUAUGGGCCGGCGCCAUGGCUCACUAGGCUAAUCCUCUGCCUGUGGCGCUGGCACACUGGGUUCUAGUCCUGGUUGGGGUGCCAGAUUCUGUCCUGGUCGCUCCUCUUCCAGUCCAGCUCUCUGCUGUGGCCCGGGAGUGCAGUGGAGGAUGGCCCACGUCCUUGGGUCCUGCACCGGCAUGGGAGACCAGAGGAAGCCCCUGGCUCCUGGCUUUGGAUCAGCGGGGUGUGCCGGCCACAGCGCGCCAGCUGCAGAGGCCACUGGAGGGUGAACCAAUGGUAUUGGAAGACCUUUCUCUCUGUCUCUCUCUCUCACUGUCCACUCUGCCUGUCAAAAUAAUAAUAAUAAUAAUAAUAAUAAUAAAAAGACAGCAUUAUGGUUACAGAGAAAGGGGUUGUGAGUUGAGGAGAAGGACAAACAAUGGGCCUUUUGGGGGUAAAAGAAAAACAAGUGGUGAGGGCCAAGGGGACAGAGGUUAUCCAGGAUUUUGGAAAGGAACAAAAGGCUGUGGAUUUCUCAUCGUGGAGCACCUCUCUCCCCAGCAGCAUCCCUAGGAAUGGCUAAACUCAAGGGAAGCUGCACUGCUCAAAGCAGCUGGAUCCCAGGCCCAGGGGUUCCCAGUCUAGCAAAAUUCCUGUCCCCCAAAGUGCUACAAAUCAUCCUACAAGCACCAUGCUGGCUACAAGAGACCAUAAUGGCUUAAGCAGUAGUCAAAGUGAUGGUAUGCACUAGAGACCAGAGAAGUCUUUCCUGGAUGUUUUCUUUGUAUCACACUCUUUGUAUGACUCCAGAAAGGGUGCAAUGCUGAGGGAUGCUGAAGAAGUAGCUUCCUAACUCCCAUAAAGGGUGGGGCUUGAGGCAGACUCAGUUUUAUUUAAAGAAAACAAAAUAGGCACUUAUUUCACACUCAAGUUUGAAAACAAAAUCUUUUACCUCUCUAUGUAGAAAGACAAAGGCUUUUUCAAAAUACAAUCUCAAAAUUAGCUAAUGUAUCACUUUUUGUUAUCAUGAUAUCCUUUGGUAAUUAGUUCCUUUCAUAGCUCUCUUUAUAAGAAAAUCACACUUUGCCAGAAAAAUCUUUUAACUGCACAAUGUGAAUCACACUAAAUAAGAUUGCUUAAUGAUAAAUACUAACUCCUAUUACUGAAUGAGAAAUAUUGUAGAUGUUUGUUGAAAAAUAGGUGUUCAUGAAUGUGUGGAAAGAGAAUAAAAUAAAGCAAUAUGAAAAUGUUAUAAAGACCAGAUAACACAUCUUAACAAUGAACUCACUGUCAGAUUUCAUACUGAACUUACACAGAGUUUUUAAUGUACAUACUGUAUUUCAGAUAAUGGCAAACCUUGAUAAGUUUAUUUCUGUCAAAAUUAGACAUUUUAAAAAUCAAGAAAAAGUGCAGCAAAACUGCCUCAGUGACUAGCAGCCAGAGAUUUCAGUAAUCUCUUUGCCCAUAACCCGACCACAAGAAGCAACUAUCAGAAUCAGCAGAAUGGCUGUAAGUGCAGAAGCGUAUUAUUAUUUAUCAUAUUUAUAUAAAAUCCUUUAAAAAAAACCUAACAAGUAGUAAAGAUGCUAACAAGUAGCAUCUUCUUGACAGGAGGGAAUGGGAUAAAGAUUCUUCAGGACUCAUCUGUCCACAAGGCACAUGGAAGGGAGAUGGGUGUGGAAGGCAUAAGAGACCAUUGGGUAAGGUGGGAUGUGGGCAUCCAGUGUUGAGGAGAAGCAAGCCAAGUUUCAUCUGAGACUCUCCAAGGGCUCUCCAAGGAGGGGCGUACCCUGCAGCCUGAAGGAUGUGGGGUAGGUCUUUGUCUUCACAGAGGAAGGCAGAAAAGCAACAAAGGAGGGGACUAACAAGUGAUGGGCAAAGCCAACACCAAUACCUAUUAUUUCAACCUUCACUAGUAGCUGGUCACCAUUUUUUUAAGAUUUAUUUAUUUGAAAGGCAGAGUUACAGAUAAGGAGAGAGAGACAGGAAGAGAGAGAGAUUUCUUAUCUGCUGGUUCACUCCACAAAUGACCAUAUCAGCUGAGCCUAGGCCAGGCUGAAGCCAGGAGCCAGGAAUUUCAUCUGGGUCUCCCAAGUGGCUUUAGGGGCCCAAAACACUUGGGCCAUCUUCUGCUUUUCCCAGGAACCUUAGCAGGGAGCUGGAUUGGAAGCGCAGCAGCUGGGACUCAAACUGCUACCCAUAUGGGAUGCAGGCACCACAGGUGGAUGCUUAACCUACUAUGCCACAGCACCAGCCCCACAAAUAUGUAUAUUUUAUUCUUUUUUUUAUUUAUAUUUUUUGACAGGCAGAGUGGACAGUGAGAGAAAGAGACAGAAAAGUCUUCCUUUGCCGUUGGUUCACCCUCCAGUGGCCGCCGCAGCCGGCGCGCUGCAUCCAGCGCAUCGCACUGAUCCGAAGCCAGGAGCCUGGGGCUUCCUCUGGUCUCCCAUGCGGGUGCAGGGCCCAAGGACUUGGGCCAUCCUCCACUGCAUUCCCGGGCCACAGCAGAGAGCUGGCCUGGAAGAGGGGCAACCGGGACAGAAUCCGGCGCCCCAACUGGGACUAGAACCGGGUGUGCCGGCACCGCAGGCGGAGGAUUAGCCUAUUGAGCCACAGCGCUGGCCCAUGUAUAUUUUAUUCAGUAACUCUCUUGGUAUCUUAUUGAUAAAUGUGUCAAAGCACAUUCUCCCUUUGGUUAAAAGGGAAAAAGUUCCUGUUUGGAAGUAAUUUAGGAACUGAAAACUGGCAGCAUGGUGUGGAAGAAAUGCUCUGCUCUUGGAAUCAGAAUGCUACAUUCUGUGACCAACCAAUCUCUGAAUUAGCAGUGCACCUCAGUAGUCUUAACCUAAAGAAGUUGGAUUAAACCAGAAGUUCUUACAGGAUUCUAGUGAGCACAGAGCCCCUGGGAGGUGGCAACAGGAGAGAUGCAAAAGGACAGUGAAAAAGGCCAUUUGACUUCAGCCCAUGGCCCUGAUGCUCACCCCAAGCAGCAGCUCCCUAUUUAGCCAUGUGCCACAUCCUGAGAUUUUACUCCACAGUAGACCUCGUAUACAGUGGUGGUCCCCUAGUACUAUGUUGCCUAGUGAUAGAGCCAGCUUAGUAUACUCUGUGAUGUUCGCCUAUGAAAAUUGCCUAAUGAAACAUGUCUCAGAAAUGCUCCCAUCAUCAUGCAACGUGUGGCUCCAUUAGGAUUGACCAUAAGGCACCUUUGAGAAGAAUUCCUUAAACAACAACAAAGACACCAUACUUAGUAUUUGUUUUUUCUAAAUGUCUAUAAAUGCUACACUGAAAUACAUUUCCCAUCCUUCCAAUUCUUUCUGUCAAGGUAGUUGGCAUUCAUACUUAACCUUAAAUCAUUUCCAUUGAAAACACAUGCAAUUCAUGAAAAGUACUGUUGGAAGUAAAUUCUUGUUCUUCUUAGCAGCCUCUAUAAAAGUCCGUGGCUGCUAAAAUAUUUCUGAAAUUCUCUAUUGUCUUUUCUGUUUUUAUCUUACCAAGGGGGAAAAUAUGCAAGAGGAAAUGCAAAUACAUAAUUAGGUUUAGAUAAAUUGUUUAAUAAUAAUAUCUUGGAGAAUGUAGCCUUAUGUUUUGAUUCACAUGAGAGAUCAUUUUCCAUAUCUUAAAUGGUUCAACUGCUUUUGAAUAAAACUGGUCUGAUAAUUUUUUAAUUGGAAGCCAUCAGAGGGUUUUAAUUAAGGGAAUAACAACCAGAUUUGCACUAUUUUUUGAGAGAGAGAGGCAGAGAGACAUAAACAGAAAGCUCUGAUAUUGGUUCAUUACCCCAAAUGACUGCAAAGAUGAGCCAACACCCCUUCACCUGCUGCCUCACAACGUGCGCACCAUCAGGGAGCUAGAAUAAGGUGUGGAGCCGGGUAUCAAACCCAGGCAUUCCAGUAUGGGAUGUGGGUGUCCCAAGUGGCGUCUUAACACCUGUGCCAAAUUCCCACCGUUCUGAUUGGCAAAUGUUAUUCCUGGCAUGCUUUCCCCACCCUGUGAUGAAACACCUCCCAGGAAAUACUUCCUUCCUCAGAACGGAAGCAGCGCCUCACCCUGAUUGUUCACCCAGCUGUUUACAGUCCUGGUAGAGAUGGCUGGGAGAGACUUGGAAUGGAUAUCACAGGGAGGAGCAUCAGAGGUGCUCCACCCCACUGGGAAAGCAGUGGAAGAUGGCCCGAGUCCUUGGGCUCCUGCACCCACGUGGGAGACCCAGAAGAAGUUCCUGCCUCCUGGCUUCAGAUUGGCCCAGCUCCGGCCAUUGUGGCCACUUGGGGAGUGAACCAGCGAAUAGAAGACCUGUCUCUCUCUCUCUCUCUCUGCCUCUUGCCUCCCUAUAACUCUUCCUUUCAAAUAAAUAAAUAAAUCUAUUUUUUAAAAAAAGAAAGAAAACCUGGGAUUGCCACAGAGGUCUUCUGAGGUCAUUGUGCAGCCUGUAUAAUCUAAGAGUGCGAUGCACUGCACUCAUAACAGACAGCUCAUACAAAAGGUGAGCAGAGCCACAGGCAGCAAAGUCUCAGCACGCACCUAAAGAAGCCGGGCAGCCUACAGACUGCCUGCUUGGGAGGCAAUGAAUACGUCGAUGGAAGCUUUCCCAGUUGUUUGUCAGGAUGUCAGGGCUUGACUCCAUAGUAGUCUGUCUCACGGUAUGGGUUGGGGGAUCAGACAUGUGGAGCCAGGUGAUCUGAGCUUAGAGAUGCCCUGUUUCUUGUCCUUUAUCUCCCCAGGGGAUUGCUGUCUCUAAGAUGUCUUUUCUUGUGUUGAGACCAGAUCUUGGAGAUCAGGCGUAACCCCAAAUGCUGGCAACAAGUCCUGAAGUAUCUCCAGCUUUCAGAAAAGUUUUCACUCAUUCAGCAGACAUCUGGUGUUCAUUGAGUGCCCUCAAACACAAGUGUGGUAUUGCAGGGCUGGAGGUCUUUGGAGGUCUACCUGCUGAGCUUAAGACACAUUCUGAUUUUCAGGUAUUGUGGCACAAUUGGUUGCUACAGCAAUGUCCCAAGCCUUGGUGACCUUCUCUAUCCCCAAGUCAAAGAACUUGUUUUUGUAGUCCAAACUGGAGCCAAAGUUUGCACCACUUAACAUCAGCCAGUGUAGCGGACAAUGGCUCGGUCCCCAGUCAUAGGCAUCUGUAUUCCUGUGCUCUCUUGCUUGAUGACCAUGAGCAGCCUUUAUCUUCGUGAAGGGGCAGCAGUGGCAACUGUGUCCCACUGUGGGCCACAGUUGGCUCUGCAAGCUAGGUGUCUGCCAGCCAAGUCCCCUGGCAGCCAGGCCUGAGGGCUGAGCAGGUGGCUGGGGAUGCCAAUGGUGACUGUGGCUAUGGACCCACCUGAGAAUCACAUGCCCUGGCAUGCUCCCAGUUAAAUUUUUAAAUUUUAGAAUGAAAAAGUCUAGUGAUUGUAUGAUCUCAUUAACAGGUUUUUCUAUAGGAAGAGGGACUUUUUUUCUCCUUUUACAGAGCCUGAUUUAUGCUUUCUGCUCUGCUGGAAGUACUGACAUGCAUUCUUGGUUGGCAGUCCAGAUACUUCAUUCAUCCUUAAAUUAUGUUUCUCUUUUAACAGUUUUAUGUUCCAUAUUGGCCCAAUAUGGACUCUGCACAUAGUAGUAGAUAUAAGACUAAUAGGGCUCUUUUUUUUUCUUUCUCCCUUCUCAUUUCUUCUAAAUAUUAGAAGACAUAUAGAGAAAGAACAUGCAGGAGAUUUAUUGUCUUGGAAAUGGAGUUCCUACUUCAAAACAGUUCUAAAAACAGGGAUCAUAGUCAUUUGGUUAUUUGUAAAGAUCGAGGCAGAAUCUCUUCCAAAUUUGGGAUGGAUUAACCUGGAUUAAGAACAUGCCCGCAGUGCUUAACCAAGAACUGGCAUGAAGCAGGCAGACACUGUGCACUAUUAUUCUUGAGAUGCAGUAUCUACAUCAACUGGGAAAAGUGGAGCAGAAAUCAUUCUACUCCGGAGGGAUGAUUUCCCAAUGAAGCUAAAGCAGAAUAAACUCUUCUCCCUUUUCCCUGAUCCUAGUUACCACACUUUCUCCAUUAACUAUGAUAGCAGAACCACUGAAGUCACAACACAGAAAAGAGACCAACACGUGUGGUCCUUUUAUUGGAAACACAAAAGUAGAGGUGAAGAAAAAAGUGACUCCAUAGCAAAGCAUGUCAGCAAUUGUUUGAGAAUGGAGCACUAAGAGCUUAAGUAUGAACAAGAGCAAGGGGGGAUCAUCACCCAGCUAGGAUAACAGUUACAUCCAGGUCAGACAAAAGGGAAUGUGAUCCAAGACAGAAACACGCGUGUUCCUCAGCCAGCUUCUGAUCACCUCUCUCUUCAUCUGAGUGGUAGAUUCACACGUGUUCUCUUUCUAGUUAAGUGAACUACAAAAUAUUACAUACAUUCUCUGAUAUGCAUGUUAUAUCAUAAUUAAAAAUUUUAAAUGUCAUAGAAAUAUCAUAGCAAAACAAUACUAAACAAGGGCAGAUAAUUCUGAAACUUUACAUAUGUGACAAAUACUCUCUAUUGGUAAAUACCAAUACAUGACCAGUUCUCCUCCUUAGGAGAUGAAUAAUAAUAGUAAUAACAAAAAAAAGACAAAUAACUAGGGAUCAAAAACCAGGUUUACAAUUCACAAAAAGCCCUGCACCCUAAGGUAAAGGGUAUACUACCCUUUAGAAUCGGGGGGAUACAUAUCUCUAAAAAUUGUUCAGGAAGAAAAUAAAAUUUCAGGAAACAUCUGCUGAGUCCUCCAGAGCAUACAAUGCAAAUUUGCCCCUGUGAAGAAAGGGCAGGGAGUAUUUGGAGAGAACAUGCACAGAUUCAAAUAAAAUAUAUAGGUUAAGAAAAAUGAGCUAAGGUAUAAAAACCAUAGCCUAAAAGGCAGGACACACACACACACACAGUAUAGACAAGCUGUAGGAAACCCAAAAGGCAAUAGGAGAAUUACAAUCCAUUCUGGAAUCAGAACCCAGUAAAUUUUGUUGCUGAAUACAGCUCUGGCUGCCACACCAAGCUGGUAAUUAGAGUUACUUGUGGAACUUUUUAAAGGAACCUCUUAUCAGGCCAAUCCCAGAUCUAAUGAAUCAGGAUCUUCCAUGGACUUUGUCUCUUAAUUUAUACAUAUUUUUACGUCUCUAAGUGAUUUUGACAGUAAGGUAGACUUAGGGAACACUGGUGUAAAGAAGACAUCUGAAAAGUUCAUCAGAAAAGUAGAAGAGAAAAAAAGAAGUGUAGAUGAGAGAAAAAUUAUUAACUUGGGAGAAAGGCAAUGUAUCUAAUCUGUUAAUAAAUAAAUGACUGAAGUUCAUGGUGAUAAAGUCAGGGUAAUUCAAACAGAAAUGAAAAUCAGUUAUGAGACAAGAAACCUUUUUCAGUUAAAGUAUACAGAUAUUAAGUGUACAUUAUAAAAUAAUUUAUAUUUUACAGUAUAUAGCUAUUAAUAUAUUAUAUAGUAUAAAGGUCUAUAGCUAGCAAAGACUAGGUAGUAAAGUUACAAGGAAAAUUAUUUGAAAAUUACUGAAAAGAGGAUCAUAUAUAAACCUGGCCAAAAAUAAAUAAAUUAUUAAGAUAAUUAAAAUGUUCUAGCAUUCUCCUCAAAAGACACCUAACUGGGACAGACAGUUGGUCCAGCAGUUAAGACGUCACAUGGGAUGCCCACAUCCUGUUCAGAGCCCCUGGAUUUCAGUCUCAAUCCCACUUUUGAUCCAGCUUCCUACUAAUGUGCACCUUAGGAGGACACUGACUAUGGCUGAAGUACUUGGGUCCCUGCCGCCCACAUGGGAGACCCAGAUUGCCUUCCAGGCUCCUGGCUUCAGCAAGGCCCUGCCAUGACUAUUGCAGGCAGUAGAGGACCUCUCUCUCUCUGCCUUUCAAAUAAAUAAAUGUUUUUUAAAAAGAAGAACUUAAUUGCUGCCUAGAAAUUGUUUUGUUUCUCUAACCCAUGCACUGCCAACCCCAGCCUCCCUGAAGUGUCAUUUCAUAUGUUCUCCUCACCCCUCAAACGUGUACACCAGGUGAACUCUCAGCCAUGACCUUCCUUCCUGUUUUCAUCAGAAGAGAAUAUACGCAUUCCUACCAUUGCAUCUAUCCACCUGCAUCUGUGCCCAAGUACUUGCUCUACUUUCCUGGCUGUUACCAAAGAUGCAAUGUUUAUGAUCCCUGUCAAGGCAAUGCCCCAUCUCAAGGACACUGCUUCUGCACUUCUCCCCCACCACUCCUCCAUCAGCAACUUCUGUUUCUUUCUGAAUGAACUCUUCCCAUCAGUCUAAAAACAUGCUAUUAUUUCUCUCUCUCUCUUUUGAGUUCUUUGGCUGUGGCCACAUAUUUCUUCCUUUUACAGGUAAAUUCAAAAUUCCCCCCAUUCUUAAGAAACCUGUUCCCAUCAUGCAUUUGUUUCUCUGCCCCUACCCAUCUACUAACACUGAACUUGUUAUGCCUAAUUAUUUAAUUUCAUUGUUGCUAACUCCACUGGUCAAUCUGUCCUCUUCCAAUAUGAACCUAUCAAUCAGCACUUUUCACUUGGCUUACUGGAUAUCACACUUCCAUGGUGUUCCUCUUUGCUCAGAAUUCACAUUUAAAGACUUCUCUGGUGAUUUCUACUUAUCUCCCUAAGUCCUCAAUGUUGUAGUGCCCCAGAGCUUAGUACCUAGACAUUUUCUCUUCCUUUGGCAGUAUUACACAUCUCAUAACCUCUAAUGUUGUGUACACAUCAACAACUCCAGAUUUGCUCAACUCCAUUCAUAAUAGCCAGCAGCCUACUCAACAGUUAUAUUUGGACACCCAGGUAUCUCAGAUUUCGAUGUCCCAAACUGUACCUUCUGAUUCCAAACUUCCUCUUCCCAAGCUACCCCCUGCCAGCCUUAACUGAUCAGCUGCAGACUGCUUCCCCAGACUUCACCUCAGUUGAUGGCAGUACCAUCUUUUGAGAAGUUCAGUGCAGAAACAUUGAAGUCAUCUUUGACUUUUUUCUUGCAUUCAUGUCCCUGUUGUCUCUACCUUCAAAUUCCAUAUUUUUUUUUUUUUGACAGGCAGAGUGGACAGUGAGAGAGAGACAGAGAGAGAAAGGUCUUCCUUUGCCGUUGGAUCACCCUCCAAUGGCCGCCGCUGCAGCCGGCGCACCGCGCUGAUCCGAUGGCAGGAGCCAGGAUCCAGGUGCUUUUCCUGGUCUCCCAUGGGGUGCAGGGCCCAAGCACCUGGGCCAUCCUCCACUGCACUCCCUGGCCAUAGCAGAGAGCUGGCCUGGAAGAGGGGCAACCGGGACAGAAUCCGGCGCCCCAACCGGGACUAGAACCCGGUGUGCCGGCGCCGCAAGGUGGAGGAUUAGCCUAGCGAGCCACGGCGCCGGCUCCAAAUUCCAUAAUUUGAUUAAAAAUAAUCCAAUAGUUGUGGGGUAGGCAGGGGAGGGUGCAGUAGGGGGCAGCUUCAGGGACAGAAAGGAAAGGGGCAGAAAGUAGAUGAAGUUAAAGAUGAAACAAGAAUGAACAUGAGUUUUCAACUACCAAAGUGCAUUCACAUAGGUUAACUAGACUAUUGUCUGUUCUGUUCUGUUCGUAUUUUCCAUAACAAAAAGUUUAAAAGUAUGUGCUUGAGUCCAACUACUUCUCACUACCUCUAAGGCAACAGCCCUGACCCCUAUUACCAUCAUGACUAUAAUAGUGUCCUAACUGAACUCCCUGCUUCUUAAUACAGCAUCAAGUGAUACUGUUAAAACAGCAGAUCAAAUCAGUUCACCUCUAAGCUCAAAUCCUUCUCACUGCAAUCUAUUUACUCUCAGCGAAAGCCAAGAUUAUUACAAUGGUCUACUACGCCCUACACAAUCUGAUCCGUUAUUUACUGAUUUUGACCUCAUAUCCUACUAUUCUUCUUGUUUGCUCUGCUCCAGCCACUGUUCCUCACUGUUCCUUCAAUUAGCCAGGCAUGCUUUGCCCCCGGGCCUUUCCAUUUACUAUUUCUUCUCACUUAAAUGCUCUCCUCCCAAAUAUCCACAGAUACCCUCUUUUCCUUCUGGCCUUCAGAUGAAUGUCACUUUCUCAACAGUUCCAACCCUGACCACCUUGUGUAACUGUUACAUACUCACUCUCCAAACUCCCUGUCUUCUCUCCUUUACUUUCUCUAGGCUGCUUAUCCCAAUGCCUUAAUCUGUUUCUGGUUGCUAUAGCAAUAUCACAGACUGGAAGUUUAUAAAUAGAGACAUGUUUAGCCCAUGCUUCUGGGGGCUGGGAAGUCUUAGAGCAUGGCACUGGCCUCUGCUGAGCACCUGGUGAGGCUUUUCUGCUGGGUCAUGACAUGGCAGAGGGCAUCACAUUCCAAGGCACAGCAAGCAUGCCAGAGAGCUCCCUUUUUGUAACAAAGUCACUCCCUCAGUAACCCAUUAAGCUAUGAAUGAAUUAAUCCAUUCAUGAGGACGGAGCCCUCAUGAUCCAGUCACUCCCCAAAUCCACCUCCAAAUACGAUUAACACGUGAAUUUGGGAUUUAAUUUCUAACACAAGAAAUUAGGGGGACACAUCCAAACUGAAACAGGUAACACUCUUUUCCUUCCUUAUUUACUCAUUAUCUUUCACCCAGUGUAAGCUACAGUGGGGCAGGAGUUAAUGUAAAUUUGAACCCUGUAGCAGCUGUAACACUUAGAACAUACAUGGGCAUGGUGAGUACUUGCUGUGUCUGUUGAAUUAAUAGAAGAAAAUACUCCUCUAGGGACUUAAGCUAACAUGAUGGAACUCAGACUACAUAUUCACAAUAAUAAUAAAUUUUAAAUGGCUAAAAUUCCCCUAUAAUAAUUCCUCACAUAAUCCAAGUAUAUGCUCAUUACAAGAGACACAUAAGGCAAAAUAACAAAAAACUUUCACUAUCAUUCAUGACACAGACAAAUCCUGGACUUAAUCUCCUAUGGUAAACAACUAGACUGCUGGACAAAAAUAUAUGGGACAAUUUUCAGACACUGGACAGCAGCCAUUGCAGGAUUGUGAUCUCUGAGAAUAGAGGAACAAAUGAAACAGGUAAGUCCAAUAAUUUGCCCCCAUCUUUCUGCCUAGAAAUAAUUUCCAGAAUGCAAGAAGGGAGAAUUGAACAGUGCUUGGAUGUCUUGUUGAAUAGAAGAGACGGAGGACAGAGUUUAGAGAGACUAAGCCAACUGAGAGUUUCAGGGCAGAAUUCUGGAAAGAAAGAUUCUACAAAAGAGAGGAGAAAGGCUCCAGAAACCGGCACAGAGGUCCCCUUUGAUUUGUUCCUGGGUGCUAGACCAUGCCUAUGUAGAAUGAGAUUUCCACAAAGUUGAACAAAGAAUAACUGGGAACUGUGAAAAGAAAAAAAAUAGAGUGCCAACAUGGAGCCAAGAGAAAUUGAAGGCCAAAGUAGAUGGUUCUCAAUGAUCUUUCUAGACCCAUGCUAGGGAAAACUUUAAAAAUAGCAUUAGGAGGGAUCAGAUUUAUCAGAAAAUAACUUAAUUGCUGGAUAAAACAAAGUACAGCAACACUUAAAGAAAGACAAAAAAAAAGCCAUAUUCUCCAGAACUUUCAGAAUUACUUCCAACAUUAAAAUUCUGAAGAAAAACUGAGAACUGUCCACCUAGAAUUUUAUAUUCCAAUAAGAUUAAAAAAUGAAGGCAAAAUUAAACUUAUUUUGGAAAAGCCAAAUCUGAAAAAAAAAAAAAAAACUUCACCAGCAGAUCUGCACUACAAGAAACGUUACUUGAAGUUCUUCCAGCAGAAAGAAAAUCAUACCAGAUGCAAACUUAGAUGUACAUGAGAAAUGAAGACUACUAGAAAUGGUAAAUGUAAGGAUAAAUUCAGAAGGUGUUUUUUUCUCAUUACACUAAAUUAAAGGUUUACUUCUUUACUUGAAAUGUAGAGUAACAGAGAGAAGGAAAGACAGAGAAUGAGAGACAGAGAUCUUCCAUUCACUGGUUCAUUUUCCAAAUAGCCACAAUAGCUGGGGCUGGGCCAGGCUGACGCCAGGAGCCUGAAACUCCAUCUGGGUCUCCCACGUAGGUGGCAGGGGCCCAAGUACUUGGGCCAUUUUCUGAUGCUUUCUCAAGCACAUUGGCAGGGAUCUGGAUUGGAAGUGAAAUAUCCAGGACAUGAACCUGUGCUCAUAUGAUAUGCUAGGGUCACAGGCAGCAGCUUAAGCUGCUGCUUCACAACACUGGCCCUCAGAGUAAUUUUUUAGACAGUUGGUUACUUACAGAAAAAUAAUAGCAACAUAUUGAUGAGCUUAUGACAUGUAGAAGCAAUAUGAAUGGUGCAAAGGAGAUAAGGGAGAAAUCUAAGUACUCUGUGUUAAGCAUCUUGUGUUAUAUGUAAAGUAGUUCUAUGGUUUGGAUAAUAGUUUGAGUAUCCUCCAAAGGCCCAGGCUUGCAUUAAUGGCUUGAGUUUUAUAUUAAUGGAAAAAAGAUGGAAAUUAAUCCAAUUACUGUGUCUGAAGGCAGGUUCUUGAAAAAUGGUUACACUGGAUUAGGCUGUUAGGGUAUAGCCCUGUGACUGAAUUAUGGUGACUUCAUAAAAAGAGACAUAAACAUAGGCUGAGCAUGUCCCUGCCUGUCUUCUUCCUGAGUGCUGUGUGACCUCAGGUGUUCUGCCAUCCACCACCCUCGUCAGACAUCAGAUUAAUGAAGCCACCCAGUCUUGGACUGUGAAACUCUAAGACUGCGAGCUAAGAUAACCCUUCCUUCUCGUUAAGAAGCUCUUCCAGAUAUUUGUUGUAGUCAUGGAAAUCUAAUACAGUAAACAACAUAAUUUGAAGAUAGACCACAAGGUAUAAAACCUAGAGCAAAUGACUUGGGAAAAAAAAGAUAUAAUGAUAUAUUCUGUCGCUCCCCCUCUUCGUGGAGGAACAACACAGGACCCUGCGCUGUUCUUUCGUCUGCUCAGCCCUCCCCGGGUUUGCUGCUGGUUCUUCCCAGGUUGGCUACCGACCCUUCCACCUCCGUGGAAGGGCGGUUCCCCCUAGCCACUUUCCCCACUUCCGCGGGGGAGCGGCACACCGCCGGCCGGCUCUCUUGGGGGCUGCACAGGUGUUCCUUCAGAUAGAUGUUCUUGGUGCAUGUUGUCUCUCUCCUCCUUUAUAGUUCUCUUCCACCAAUCCCAACUCUGCUACCCACACGCCGAGUACGCUGCUCUCCUCCAAUCAGGAGCAGGUCCUACAGUUUAUUGGUUGAACUGGAGGCAGCUGUGUAAAGCUGUUUCCUCCUCUCCCAGCGCCAUAUUGUGGGAGAGCAGAUGCAUAGAAUAAGUUUUAAUUCCAGUAACUUAGUCUAGUCCAAGUUGCUCCCCACAAUAUUCUUUUUUUUUUCUUUCAGCAAAAAUUUAGGUCUAUUUAAAAAAUGUUCAUUUUUCUUUAUUUGAAAAGCAGAGCGAGUGAAAGAGAUCUUCUUAUCACUGGUUUACUCCCCAAAUUCCUGCUGGCCAGGAACUGGGAAUUUUAUCUGGGUCUUCCACGUGGGUAGGUGGCAGGAACCCAAGUACGUGAGCUAUCAGCCACUGUCUCUCAGGUGCAUCACCAGGAAAAUUAGUUUGGAAGGUGGAGGUAGGACUCCAGCCCAGGCCCUCCAAUGUGGAAUGCAGGCAGUCUAAGAAGUGAUUUAACCUCUUGCACCACAAUGUCUGCCCCUUUUAUCUUAAUUGAGGAGGUGGUCUCACACACAGAGACAUGUACAUAUAUAUGUUAAAAUUUGUUGAAAGUAUAAUAUUAAAAUGAGUGUGUUUAAUUGUAUGUAAAUUUUUUAUCUCAACAUUUGAUUUUUUAAAAAAUGAUCAAGUAGGUCCCAGUGCUAUGGUGUAGCGGGUGAAGCUACCACCUGCAGCACCUUCCAUAUGGCACUGGUUUGAGUUCCUGCUGCUCCACUUGUGAUCCAGCUCCCUGCUAAUGGCCUGGGAAAGCAGUGGAAGAUGGCCCAAGUACGUGAGCCCCUGCACACAUGCAGGAGACCCAGAAGAAGCUUCUGGCUUCGGUUCGGCCCAGCUCUGGCAGUUGUGAUCAUUUGGGAAGUGAACCAACAGAUGGAAGAUUUCUCUCUCUGUCCCUCUCCUCUGCCCUGUAAUGCUAUCUUUCAAAUAAAUAAAUCUUAAAAAAAAAAGGGUCAGUUAGAUUUGAAAGAAAAAACACUAAAUUUUUCAAAAAUGAAAAUUAUUGGCAAAGUUAUAAACCUAGGCAACAUGUUAAACAGCAGAUUAGAUACAGCUGAAGAGAACAUUAUUGAGCUGGAAGAGAAGUUUAAAGAAUCACUAAAAUACUUUAUAGAGACAAACUGAAAUAUGAUUGCUUAGAGACAUGGAAGGUAGAAUGGAAAGUCUUAAAAAUGUCUCAUCAAAUUCUGAGGAAGAGCGGCUGGUGUUGUGGCAUAGCGGGUAAAGCAGCUGCCUGCAACUCCGGCAUCCCAUAUGGUUGCCAGUUCGAGUCCCAGACACCUACUUCUGAUCCGGCUCCCUACUUUCCCUGUAUCUGGGGAAGCAGUGGAAGAUGUCCUAAGUCCUUCUAGUUCCCAUGUAGGGAGACCCAGAAGAAGUUCCCUGCUUCAGCCUGGUCCAGCUCUGGCCAUUGGGCCAUUUGAGGAGUGAAUCAGUGGGUGGAAGACGGGUUGUUUUCUCUCUCUCUCUCUCUCUCUCUCUCUCUGCUUCUCCCUCUCUGUAAUUGUGCCUUUCAAAUAAAUAAAUCUUUUUAAAAAAAUUCUGAAGAAGAAAAAAAUGGAAGGAGCAGCAACAAUCACAGUGAUAUAAUGACAGAUAGUUGCAAAAAUGACACCAAGUAUUUCCUCCCCCUCACCUCACUACAAAAACAAAAACAAAAACAAACAAGCAAAAAACCUUUAAUCUACACAGAAAACGUAACAUACUCCAAGCAGGGUAACAUUUUUUAAAAAUUCUGACAUAAAUAUUUUGUAAUGAAAUUGCAGAGCUUAUCUCAGCAUAUCCUGCUGCCCUCCCAAAAUAGAUUUUAGAGUAUAAGCAACAAAGAGAAGAUAUUUAAAAGCAAUCAGAGAGAAGAGACAGAUCACCAACCAGCAUUAGUUUUACAACUGAAUGCUCAACAACAUUGGAAGCUAAACAGAAUAAUUUCAAGGUUUUGAGAGUAGUUAUCAACCAGAACUAUCUUUUUAUCAUGAGAGAGAACAAAGAAUGAAAACAUUUUUAGAAAACCAAAAUCUAAUUUUAAGAACCUAUGUUUUGGCCGGCACCGUGGCUCACUAGGCUGAUCCUCCACCUAGCGGCGCUGGCACACCGGGUUCUAGUCCCGGUCGGGGUGCCGGAUUCUGUCCCGGUUGCCCCUCUUCCAGGCCAGCUCUCUGCUGUGGCCAGGUAGUGCAGUGGAGGAUGGCCCAAGUGCUUGGGCCCUGCACCCCAUGGGAGACCAGGAAAAGCACCUGGCUCCUGCCAUCGGAUCAGCAUGGUGCACAGGCCGCAGCGUGCCAGCCGCGGCGGCCAUUGGAGGGUGAACCAACGGCAAAA